UUUUAGCGCUUUUUAUAGAUUUUUGAUACUGUUAAACAAUAAGAUGUUAGGAAUAAUCAAUAACAAGGGAACAAAAGCAAGCGGUAUUCGCUUUAUUGUUAAAAACUGAAAUGUUUCUGCAGGGUCGAGUCAUAAUUGUUUGGUUGUCUUGGCUUAUUGGUGGCAUUUGUGGUGUUGUUAUUUUCUUAAUUAUUAUAUGUUACUGCCGCCUCAUGCCGCGCCAUCAGAAAUCAUUCGACGAACAGUAUCUAAAAAAUACAUACACUAUAAAAGAAGAUCAUGGAUAUUCCCAUCAGGAUUACAGCAGAAUAAAACAAGCCGAGGUGCAAGUGCAGAGACACAGCCGGCCCGCGAGCUACGCGGGGGACGCGGAGUGGCGGCGUGCACGCGACGCGCAUCCCACGCAUCCCACACACCCCACGCACCCCGCCCACCCCACGCACCCCACGCACACCAUACACCCCACGCACCCCGCGCCUGCGACCGCGCAUUGCUACGUCAACCGUGUGCCCGAGCGCGAGCACGUCUCCGCGCAGUACGCCUCCAGCAGCAUGUUGGACGAGAUCGGGGGCGGCGUGAACGUGGACGCGUUAAAAACGCGGUCUCUGCCGGCCUUCCUGCGGCCCAAGCCGCGCCCGCUCUCCACAGAGGACGACCUGCAGCAACUCUACGCUAAGGUGAGUUUAAGCAAGAAGCACAAGAACCGCAUGCGCAGCGAGCACGCCGCCAUCAUCGCGCUCAGCAAGUCGCACAGCCAGUUCUUCGACGCCGACGCCGUCAUCGUCUACGACCAGAGGACUGCGCUCUAGUCACACACAGACACGAAACAUCUGCUGGUCUCAUCAACUUGUGACUUCCAUACUUAGGGUUGCCAGUUGCCACUAUCUGGAGUCUCACUAUCGCUUUGACAGUUGUCAAUUUGACAGGUGUACAGAAAUUAUAUUUGACCGAGAGCCGUUGAUAUAGGGAAGUCCCAAUUAUCAUUUUUGUGUAUUCCUCUUCAGCUAUUGAACUUCCUUCUACAUAUCAAUAGUAGCAGUAUUUGUAAAACGAUCUUUACAAGUAACUAAAAGUAAGUGCACAUUUUAUCUGUAAAUAUCAAGAUAAGAUUCUAUGAGCUAAGAAUAUGUAUGUCUUAUUAGCAAUUACUAACUUCAUAUGAUCAUUAUAACUAAGGUUGUCUGCCAAUGGGCCUCUCGAUCGAACCUAUGGGAAAAUACCCAAUCGGGUA